AGAAGCCCCCAGGUCUGGGGGAGGGAACGCUAUCUCUCCUCUCUCUCACGCUCUCUCCACUUCUUCUUCUUCUUCAGAAAAUCUAAACGAUGCUCAAUUGCAGAGAAAGGAUGCUCAAUUUCUCACACUGAAACUUUUCGCUCCGAUCUUCCAAACCACACCAUGCCUUACUCCUCAAUAUUCCUGUUCGACUACCUCACAACGACUUCGCUACACCUCCGUCGCCGCUUCCGUUUCUGCCCUAAACACGCGACGCUCAUCCUGAGCCGCCGCCCGCCGCGGUUGAGCAGCUCGAGCGCCUCUCAGUUUUCCGCCUCCGGCGUCCCCCCGCACUGCCGCUUGAGGUCCUCUGCCGCCGCCAUUUCCUCCUCGGCGGCGGCGGACUCGUCCAGUCUUUGCUCCACUUUGGUUUUUAAGCAGCAGAGAAGUUCUUGUUUCCCUUACUUGUAUCAUCAGAGUUCGCCGUAUGGUCGGCUGGCCUAUGAUGAUUAUGCUUCCGAGGAGGACUCUGAUAGGGAGGUCGAGUCUCGUCAAUUGUGUGCUUCAACCCUUGAUAACAUUGAAGAGUGGAAGUGGAAGUUAACCUUGCUUAUGCGCAACCAAGAUGAACAAGAAGUGGUGUCAAGGGAGAAAAAAGAUAGGCGUGAUUUUGAUCAAAUUUCAGCAGUUGCGACCAGAAUGGGUUUAUAUAGCCGGCAUUUUUCAAAGGUAGUUGUUGUCAGUAAAGUCCCACUGCCUAAUUACAGAUCUGAUCUGGAUGAUAAACGUCCACAGAGGGAGGUUGUCUUACCUUUUGGGUUGGAAAGAGAAGUAAAUUCACACCUUAGAGCAUAUAUUUCUAGCAAGUCUGCAAACAAGGACAACUUUUCAGAUAAUACCUUUUCAAGUUCCAGCACCGUGAGCAGUCUUGAUACUGAUCAAGGAGCUCAAGAGCAAGAGGUGCCCUUGAUACGGAACAGCAUUAUAGCAGAAAAAAUCCUUCGGCGUAGAAGUUUGCAGCUGCACAAUAAGCAGCAAGAUUGGCAGGAAUCUCCAGAAGGCCAAAAGAUGCUCGAAUUUCGUAGGAGUCUCCCAGCAUACAAAGAGAGAGAUGCAUUAUUAAAGUCUAUUUCUCAAAAUCAGGUGGUGGUUGUGUCUGGUGAAACUGGGUGUGGCAAGACUACCCAACUUCCUCAAUAUAUCUUGGAGUCUGAAAUUGAAGCUGCUCGUGGAGCUCUCUGUAGUAUUAUUUGUACUCAGCCUAGACGAAUAUCUGCCAUGGCUGUUGCUGAACGAGUUGCUGCCGAGCGAGGGGAGAGUCUUGGAGAAUCUGUUGGUUAUAAAGUACGGUUAGAGGGGAUGAAAGGAAGGGAUACUCGCCUUCUUUUUUGUACCACUGGUAUUUUGUUAAGGAGAUUACUUGUUGAUAGAAACUUGAAAGGGAUAACUCAUGUUGUUGUGGAUGAAAUUCAUGAACGUGGGAUGAAUGAAGACUUUCUUCUUAUUGUCCUGAAGGAUCUUCUUCCUCGCCGACCUGAAUUAAGGUUGAUUUUAAUGAGUGCUACAUUGAAUGCUGAGCUUUUCUCCUCAUACUUCGGUGGUGCUCCUAUGCUCCAUAUUCCUGGAUUUACAUACCCGGUACGAAGUCUUUUUCUGGAGAACAUUUUAGAAAUGACUGGCUAUAGUUUAACUCAAUAUAACCAGAUUGAUAAUUAUGGCCAAGAAAAGAUGUGGAAAAUGCAGAAGCAAGCUCUCAGAAAAAAGAAGAGCAAUAUUGCUUCAUCUGUGGAGGAUGCACUUGAAGCUGCUGAUUUUAGGGAAUAUGGUCCACGAACACGGGAGUCUUUAUCCUGUUGGAAUCCUGAUGCAAUCGGCUUCAAUCUCAUUGAACAUGUGCUAUGCCAUAUUGUUAGGAGGGAAAGGCCUGGUGCUGUUUUGGUGUUCAUGACUGGUUGGGAUGACAUAAACUCUUUGAAAGAUCAACUACAGACUCAUCCACUUCUGGGUGAUCCAAACAGAGUUUUGGUGCUUGCAUGCCAUGGCUCCAUGGCUAGCUCGGAGCAGAGGUUAAUAUUUGAUAAGCCUGAAGAUGGAGUGAGGAAAAUAGUGCUGGCCACCAACAUGGCUGAGACAAGUAUCACAAUUAAUGAUGUGGUCUUUGUAGUUGACUGUGGGAAGGCUAAAGAGACAUCAUAUGAUGCUCUGAAUAACACUCCAUGCUUGCUUCCUUCAUGGAUUUCCAAGGCUUCUGCUCGGCAGAGAAGAGGUAGGGCUGGACGUGUUCAACCAGGCGAGUGUUACCAUCUCUAUCCCCGAUGUGUCUAUGAUGCUUUUGCUGAUUAUCAACUUCCCGAGCUUUUAAGGACACCUUUGCAGUCUCUAUGCUUGCAAAUCAAAAGCUUACAACUUGGGAGUAUCUCAGAGUUCCUAUCAAGGGCUUUGCAGCCACCAGAGCCUUUAUCUGUUCAAAAUGCUAUUGAAUAUUUGAAGAUCAUUGGUGCUUUGGAUGAGAAUGAAAAUCUAACUGUACUUGGACGCAAUUUAUCUGUGCUUCCAGUUGAGCCAAAAUUGGGGAAAAUGCUUUUAUUGGGAGCUAUUUUCAACUGUCUAGACCCAAUAAUGACUGUUGUAGCUGGUUUGAGUGUCAGAGAUCCAUUCUUGAUGCCAUUUGACAAGAAAGAUCUUGCAGAAUCUGCAAAAGCCCAGUUUUCUGCCCGUGAUUACAGUGACCAUCUUGCUCUUGUCCGGGCUUAUGAGGGUUGGAAAGAAGCUGAAAGACAACAAUCUGGUCAUGAGUAUUGUUGGAGAAAUUUCCUCUCUGCACAAACACUAAAAGCCAUCGACUCUCUCCGGAAGCAAUUCUUUUAUUUGCUCAAGGAUGCUGGUCUAGUUGAUCACAAUGGAGAAGCUUGCAACACAUGGAGCCCUGAUGAGCAUCUGAUUCGGGCAAUUAUCUGUGCGGGUUUGUUCCCAGGCAUAUGCUCUGUGGUGAACAAAGAGAAAUCUGUAUCAUUGAAAACUAUGGAGGAUGGUCAGGUUCUUCUUUACUCAAAUUCUGUGAAUGGCCAGGAACUCACAAUUCCAUUCCCGUGGCUGGUAUUCAAUGAAAAGGUUAAAGUGAACACAGUAUUUCUCCGGGAUUCAACAGCUAUAUCUGAUUCUGUGGUUCUCUUAUUUGGAGGAAACGUGUCUAGGGGGGGUUUGGAUGGUCACUUGAAAAUGUUGGGGGGCUACUUGGAAUUUUUCAUGAAACCUACCUUAGCAGAUACAUAUCUAAGACUGAAGAAAGAGCUUGAAGAACUUAUUCAACAGAAACUUUUGAACCUCAAGUUGGACAUACGAGAUCAUAACGAGCUCCUGUUGGCAGUAAGACUGCUGGUAUCAGAAGAUAGAAACGAGGGUAAAUUUGUAUUUGGUCGCCAGGUGCCAUCAUCCUCAAAGCAGACAGCAAAAGAGACAAUGCCAGGGACGCCCUUGAGAAGUUCUGCCGGUAGUGAUGGUGGUGAUAAUUCCAAGAGCCAGCUUCAGACGUUGCUUGCCAGGGCUGGGCAUGGAGCACCCACCUAUAAGACUACACAACUGAAGAAUAACAAGUUUCGCUCCACUGUAAUAUUUAACGGGUUGGACUUUGUAGGUCAGCCUUGCAGCAAUAAGAAACUGGCAGAAAAGGAUGCAGCAGCGCAGGCCAUACAAUGGUUGAUGGGUGACACCCAAUCAUCUCAGAAAGCUAUUGACAAUAUGUCAAUCCUCUUGAAGAAGAGCAAAAAGAAACGUAAAGUUCAUGCUUCUUCUAAGUGGAGGUAGUUGCCUGUGAAUAAAGAGUUGUCAUACAAUACCCUUGUUACUCGCCAAGGAAGAAGAUUUCCUCCUCCAGGUUGAGAAUGUUGAUGGACCUGGAAUGAAGCAGUCAAAUCUUUCUGGUCAUUUAAGCUGGAGGCCAGCAGAUCAGAAAUGAGAUGGCUAUUGACUCUUUCAACGUGAAAUGGCGGGGAUGACACUACCCAUCAAGAAUGGAGAUUGAAGCCCUUGUCCAGCCUAAUAGCUGAUAGAUAAGUCAAUAUAUCGAUCCGGGCUGUAUCUAUUUCAUCCGCAGAAUCAGCCCAAUUUGGAUUUGGCGCUGCAUCAGGUGACCAGUCAUUUUGCAUCAUGUGUAUUCAUUCGUAUUACAUUGAAGAAAUAGAAGAUUGCUUGUCGUAUAGUGAAGAAUCAGCGAUGCAUGGUUUCUCUGUAAAGUAAUGACAAGCUUUUAGCACACUUAAGAUCUUUCGUAUAACUGCACAUCCUUAGUGUAGGUAGUUCUUGGUGCGAACAAACCUGUCGGGAUGGCACCAGCAGGGAUUUCUCUCAUUUUGGGUCAUCCUGAAUUAUAUUAAUACCAUAGAUGAAAUUAGUAUUUGAGGGGUUGUGAA